CGAAUUAUGGGGACGGCGGCGCCACGGGGUUGGGGUCACCCCCAAACCGUCACCGCCACCGCCGCCGCCGCGACUCACCGCCGCCGCCGCCGCCGGCGAGACGGUGUUACCGGUGUUGGUGUUGGCGUGCGACCGCAGCACCGUACGGCGCUGUUUGGAUAAACUCUUACGUUAUCGGCCUUCGGCUCAACGGUUCCCGGUGAUCGUCAGUCAGGAUUGCGGUCACGCCGAAACGGCGCGCGUCAUCGCUUCCUACGGCGACGCCGUGGCUCACAUCCGCCAACCCGACCUCAGCGAGAUCCCCGUCCCGGCGGAACAUCGCAAAUUCCAAGGAUAUUAUAAAAUCGCGCGGCAUUACCGGUGGGCUUUGGGACAAGUUUUCCGUACGUUCCGCUACCGCGCCGCCAUCGUGGUGGAGGACGAUUUAGAAAUCGCGCCGGAUUUUUUCGAGUAUUUCCAAGCGGCUUUUCCCCUCCUCCUGGCCGAUCCCACGCUCUGGUGCGUCUCCGCUUGGAACGACAACGGCAAAGAGCAAAUGGUGGACGCGGCGCAAGCCGAAUUGCUUUACCGCACCGAUUUUUUUCCCGGUUUGGGUUGGUUGCUUUUAGCCGAACUUUGGGAGGAACUGGAACCCAAAUGGCCGCCGGCUUUUUGGGACGAUUGGAUGCGUCAACCCGAACAACGGCGCGAUCGUUCCUGCGUCCGACCCGAAGUCUCCCGUACCAUGACGUUCGGGCGGAAAGGAGUAAGCCACGGCCAAUUUUUCGAUCAAUAUUUAAAAUUUAUCAAACUCAACGACCGUUUCGUGCCUUUUACCCAACUGGAUCUUUCUUACCUCAAAAAAGAAGAGUACGAACGUUCUUUCCUCCCCAAAGUUUACGCCGCGCCGGAGGUGAAGGUGGAAGAGCUCCAGGGGAACCGACGGCGGGAGCUGAGCGCCGUCCGCCUGCAGUACAGCGGCCGCGAUUCCUUCAAAGCCUUCGCCAAAGCUCUGGGGCUGAUGGACGACCUCAAAUCCGGCGUCCCCCGCGCCGGUUAUCGCGGCAUCGUCAGCUUCGUUUAUCGGGGGCGACGCGUUUAUCUCGCCCCUCCCUCGGACUGGACGGGUUACGAUCCCAGUUGGAGUUAG